CUCGGUCCAGCGCUGUACAGUCUUCCCGCGCCGGCAUCUUUAGUGUCCACAGUCUCUGGUCAUCUCUUGUACUGUCUGCAAACUCUUGGUCAUCCCCUGUACUGUCUGCAAUCUCUUGGUCAUCCCUGUACUGUCUGCAGUCUCUUGUUAUCCCUGUACUGUCUGCAGUCUCUGGUCAUCCUUGUACUGUCUGCAGUCUCUGGUCAUCUCCUGUACUGUGUCCGCAGUCUCUGGUCAUCUCCUGUACUGUGUCCGCAGUCUCUGGUCAUCUCCUGUACUGUGUCCGCAGUCUCUGGUCAUUUCCUGUAUGUGUCCGCAGUCUCUGGUCAUUUCCUGUAUUACUGUCUGCAGUCUCUGGUCAUCCCUGUACUGUCUGCAGUCUCUGGUCAUCUCCUGUACUGUGUCCGCAGUCUCUGGUCAUUUCCUGUACUGUGUCCGCAGUCUCUGGUCAUUUCCUGUACUAUGUCCGCAGUCUCUGGUCAUUUCCUGUAUUAUGUCCGCAGUCUCUGGUCAUUUCCUGUACUGUCUGCAGUCUCUGGUCAUCUCCUG